GCAUAAGGGGGCCGCCGCCGGGUGAUGCGGUCCUUGCUGCGGUAGCGCCCAAGAGCCGAGUCCGGGGAUCUGCCGGAGGGGUCUACCCCGCCCCCUCCCCUCCCCUACCCCUCGUUCCUCCCCCUCCCUGCCACUGGGGCCUCCCAGCCCGGGCACCGCACUUCCCUCCAUCCCUCCUCCUCCCCAAUCCCCUUCCUUGGACCCCUACCCCGUCGCCGCUGCCUGCUGCCGCCGGCCCCUCUCCUCCGGGCCGGUGCCUCUCCCCGCCUUCCCUGACACCCCCUCAACCCCUUUCCUCUUCCUCCUACGGCAAGAAAUCUCCGCGGCCUAGCUCCCUCCACCUUCCCCGCCUCCCCUCCCCGUCCCUCUCCCCCAUCCCCGUCCUCGCCCCGGGGUCCGCCGCCGCCCGUCUCACACAAUGGCUCUGAAGAGAAUCCACAAGGAGUUGAAUGACCUGGCACGUGACCCCCCAGCUCAGUGUUCAGCAGGUCCUGUUGGAGAUGACAUGUUCCAUUGGCAAGCUACAAUAAUGGGGCCAAAUGAUAGUCCCUAUCAGGGUGGAGUAUUUUUCUUGACAAUUCAUUUCCCAACAGAUUAUCCCUUCAAACCACCUAAGGUUGCAUUUACAACAAGAAUUUACCAUCCAAAUAUUAACAGUAAUGGCAGCAUUUGUCUUGAUAUUCUACGGUCACAGUGGUCACCAGCACUAACUAUUUCAAAAGUACUCUUGUCCAUCUGUUCUCUGUUGUGUGAUCCCAAUCCAGAUGAUCCUUUAGUGCCUGAGAUUGCACGGAUCUACAAAACAGAUAGAGAAAAGUACAACAGAAUAGCUCGGGAAUGGACUCAGAAGUAUGCGAUGUAAUUAAAGAAAUUAUUGGAUAACCUCUACAAAUAAAGAUAGGGGAACUCUGAAAGAGAAAGUCCUUUUGAUUUCCAUUUGACUGCUUUCUAUGAGCCCACGCCUCAUCUUCCCCUGUGCACAUGUUUACCUGAUACAGCAGUGCUGCGUGUUGUACAUACUUGGAACAACAAAAUAGAAAUACUGUAUUUCCCGUACCAACAUUGACUCCUAGCAAAGAAGUGUGUGUGUGAAAAGCCAGUUCUUCAGUCAUAACCUAGUUGUGAGACUAAAAGCUUUCCUUAUUGACUUAAUUGGAUAAACAAUGCAAGGGCGCAGGGGUGGGUGUUGUAUGGUUUGGGGUGGGGGAGGACAGUUACACUGACCUGUGGGAGAAUUUUUUAAAAAGCGGAAUCCUUUUAAACUCAUAACAGUUAUGAAAAGCAAGGUGAAGAACGUCAAGCUGUUUCUGUAUUCAUUUUAUUCUGAAGGACCUACAUCUUAGGUAAAUGUUUCGACCAACAAGAUUAAACUGUACCCACAUCCUGUAUUUUAAGGUCUAAGUUUAACUGGUCAACAUUUAAAUGGAUUGGAGCUAUUAGUACAUAAAGUGAUGGGUGUUUUUUUUUUCCAGCUCUUCUCCAUCACCCCCUUUCCCCCCAAUACUUUUUGGUUUGUAUGUGGUUUCUCAGUUAAUACAUAGCUAAUAGCUCUUAAUUUUUCUUAUGUUUUUUAACUGCUUAGGUCUAUCUGGAUGUAAGGGUAAAAAUUCAUUGGACAGAAAUACUUGUGUAUAUUUAAAGACCCAAUUGCUCCUCUGGAGCUUGUACGUUCAAGAAUGAUUAAUCUGUGUAAUAAACUGAUUACUACAGUCAUUACAUAUAAUUUUGUGUGAACAGGCUUUUUUAAUUUCAAGAACAGUUUGUCUAGCUGAGAUUAGUGGUGGAUUCUACACCCUCCCUCCUCCCUUACCCCCACCCCAACUGAAUUCAGAUCAGUUACAUUUCAAAAAUCAUGAAACAAUCACAGUUUACAUUGUGAAAGGCUGUGUGUUAAAUUUGACCAAAUGAGAUCGGAACAUAAGCUUAAAAGCACCUCGAUAAAAUUUAAAUGUUUAGUGUGCAAGAAACAUGACUGUUAAACCAAAUAAGUUUACUUUAUUAAUGAAAA